AUGUUUUCCAUAGAAAAAAGAAAGCUUCCACGGAGAUAUGCUAACGAAUUCGUGAGCCGUACUAGAAGUCACUUAUUUUCUAGAUCUUUUGGCUGGAAGCAAUUCUUAUUAUUCAUGGAACAAAAGAAGCCAACAAUCACUUCAAGGGAAGAUUCAUUGUACCAUGACCCCAUUGCCCUUGUCUUAUUUGGACAUAAUACUCGAGUUUGGGACUGCUGUAUUUCUGAUGAUUUUAUUAUGACUGUCAGUGAGGAUUGUACAUGUCGUAUAUGGGGAAUUGAUGGUGAACAACUGCGAGUCAUUAGGGAGCACAUAGGAAGGGGUGUAUGUAGAUGUUUGUAUGAACCAAAAUUGUCACUUCUUAUAACUGUCGGGUUUGAUUCUGCUAUCAAGGUGCCUAGGCCUCCUGCUUUUUUCUCUGGGGGUUUGGCUGAAGUACAAUUGUCCCGCGGAAGAACGGAAAUAUUUUCCAUUUGCAUCCUGCAUGUGCUGCAGCAUAUUGGAUUGACGGACAGCAAGAGUGAAUACGUUCGUUGUUUGCGUUUUUCCUCUCAGGAUUCUCUUUAUGUUUCUACCAAUCAUGGUUAUCUCUACCAUGCUAAAUUAUGUGAAACUGGAGGUGCUCAUUGGAAUCAGCUUGUUCAAGUCAGCAACGGGGCUUCAAUUAUCUGUAUGGAUUUAUUGUCCAAGGACUCAUUUGAACUUGGAUAUGGUGAUGAAGAUUGGAUCGCCAUUGGAGAUGGUAAAGGAAAUAUGACAGUUAUUGGAGUUACUAACAAUGACUCUACUCCUACAGUUAGAUUGAGCUUUACGUGGCAAGCUGAAAUGAAGCGACAGUAA